GGCACCUGCUCAGCACCAUGACGCCGGCUCUGCGCUGCGCGUGCGCACUGGCCCUGCUGUACCUGGCGGGGCUGCAGCUGCCGGAGCGGGCGCUGGGGGAGGAGCUGCAGCCGCAGCGGCCCCGCGGGCCCCGGGCGGCCUAUUGGCUGAGCACCUUCGGCCAAGUCGGCAAGUACUUAGAGAAGCUCUUCAGCAGCAGCGUGAAAUCUAAGGACGCCAAGAAAUCUAAAGACGUUAAAAACCCCAAGAAAACCGACAACAGCACAAAAGCCCCACCACUGAAUGCCAGGAGACCCCCACCAGCCAACGCCACAAACCUCCCUCCACCGAACCCCGCGAAACCGCUGAAUCCCACUAACCCCCCACCGCGGAACGCCACGCAACCCUGCCCUCCGACCUCCUCCUACGGUCCCAGGUAGGAGAGCCUGGGCACAGCUGGCACCAGGCAGGAGCCUCGGAACUGGGGGCAGAUUGGGCGGGACCGGGAGGAAGACCUGGGCCACAGGGACUUCCGUCCCCAGGCUGGGCUUUCACCUCCAGAUGCCCGACUCAAGUCUCCGCGCCCACCGGUCUCCUUUAUAUUUUUUAUGAGAGGGGCCCUAACUCCUCCCAUCCCCCCCCACCCCCCCAAUGAGAACAAUA